AUGCUCGAUCCUCCACAAAACUCCUCUCGACCAUUGAUAUCUAUAACACCUCGAAAAAAAUCUGUUCGUUUUAAUAUAACAUCUCCAUCACCACGAAUUCCACCAUUAACAAUUCAAGAUGAUUCAAAUCAUCGACAUCAUCCAUUAAAUAUAUCUUAUACAAUUCCCUCUACAACGAUUAAUAUCGAUCAUGUAACAAAUCAAUCUCAUAUGCAACAUCUGAAUAAUCAUGUUGAAUAUAUUCCAUCGACACGACGAAAUAAUUUACAAAUUAAUGGUGAAAAAAUUGUUCCACAACCUAGAACACUUGAUGAACUCAAUCAAUUUAUGAAAACAAAAGCUGAAAAUCUUCGUAAAAAUAUGUCACAAGUAACAGAUACAUUUAUUCAUGCUAGUACACAUUUAAAUCGUUUGAAAGAAGAACAACAAGCUACUUUGAAACGACCAAGUCGAAUACCUGUUUCUGUUCGUCUUCGUUCACCAUCACCGCCAGUUGUCAUUUAUAGAAAACCACAACAUCGUGCACUUGAUGAUUUACGAUGGUAUUGUUUAGCAAGAAAGUUUUCUAUCCUAUGGCAAAAAUAUGUUUUUGGUUGUCAUCUUCGUAAAAUAAAAUUAAUGAAUGAAAAUAGAUUACUUAAAAAAUAUUUUCAUUUAUGGAAAAAUACAUCCCAAAAUGAUCAAUCUGAAUUGAUUGCUAUCGAAUUUUAUCAACGACAAUUAUUAAAAACUUAUUUUCAAAUUUGGUUAACUUUUAUUUCACAAAAUCAAAUAGCAGUUGAACAUCUUAAUCAUAAACGAAUAAAAAAUACAUGGAAUAUUUGGAAAAUACAAUUGAAUAAAAGACGUUUACAUCAACAUCAAUUUAUGAUUGCUAAUGAACAAUAUCAUCGAAUGAUUCUAACUCGCUUUUAUCAUAUUUGGCAAAUCAAUACCAAUCAACGACGACAAGAACAUGAAAAACGUUUACGAGCUAAUUAUCAUUAUCGUAUACAUGUACAAAGAAUUUGUUUAAAUGCAUGGUUUACUUAUAAAGAUUAUCGGCAAAAGAAAAAUCUUCAUAAGAAUCGUGUACAUGAAUAUUAUCAAAAGCAUUUACUUGGAAGAAUUUAUAAAAAUUGGAGACAAGCAUUAACAAGAAAAUUAUUAAUUCAACAACAUGAAUCUCGGCUAGCUCAACUGCAAGAAAGAGUUUUAACACGAUGGGCAUUUGAACAAUGGAAGUCAUAUAUUAAUGAUUUAGCUGAUGAAGAACGUACAAUGCACAUGGCUGAACAGUAUAGCGAUCGAAGAAUUGUGCGUUCGGCAUUUACAAUUCUUCAGCAAUAUGUAUUAAAACGUCGUAUGAAACAACGAGCAAACUGGAUUGCUGUUCAACAUCGAGCUCAGAUGAUAAAACGUAUUUAUUAUCGAAUAUGGAAAUAUCGAUUAGAACAACGUGAAAAUAUAUACAUGCUUGCUGAAUUUCAUAAAGCUGAAUCAUUUUAUAAUAUGAAAAUUACAAUUCGUUAUUGGUUUUGUUGGAGACGAUAUAUUAAUGAUUGUCGACAAGAAAAUAUUGAAUUACAUACAGUUGAUAAAUAUUAUAAUUCAAAAUUACUACGUAAAUAUUUUCAUCUUCUUCGUGCUAAUAUUACAGAUGAACGUCAUGAACAGUUACUUGAAAAACGAGCAGUUGAUCAUUAUCGCUCACGAUAUUUACGACUUUAUUAUCUGUACUGGAAGGUACAAACACGUACAAAUGAGCAAUAUCAAAUGAAUUGGAGAAUUGCAAUUGUUCAUGAAGAAAAAAUGAUGCGUGAAAGAUAUUUUAACAUUUGGUUAAAUCGAGCACAUUCAAGAUUGAUUGAUAAUGAACAACAUAUUGUUGCUGAACGUCAUUAUUUUCGUACAAUUAUUGUUCGAGCUUGGUUAGCAUGGCGACAAUUAAUUGAUGAUAGUCAUAAUGAAGAAAGAUCAGAAAGACUUGCUAUUCAAUUUUAUUAUCAUAGUAUCGAAAGGCGUACAUUAAAUGCUUGGAAAUUGUAUAUUCGUCAUUGUCAUUAUAUGAAACAAAUGCAUCGUGAAAGUCAACAAUUUUAUUUACAACAUCGUGGUAAAAAUAUAUAUUUUAAAUGGUUAAAUAAAGCUCGAUAUAGACGAAGAUUAAUGGUAAUUGUUAAUGAACAUUUUGAUCGUAAACAACGUAAUACGUUAAGACAAUAUUUUCGUCAAUGGCGAGAUAGUAUUCGUGAAGAAAAAGAUGAUCGACAAUUACUUCAAUAUGCUCAAGAUCAUUAUAAUCGUUUAUUAAAACGUAAAGUACUUCUUGCUUGGAAUAAUGAAAUAAUUCAACAAAUUCUAAUUGAUAAUGAAAAUGAAAUUAAAUUGAAUAAAUAUAAACAAGGAAAAGAUCAUUUUUAUUUACAAAUUGUUUAUCAUAAAUGGAAACAAAUAACUAACGAACAUUUACGUGAUCGGUUUCUUAAUCAACGUUCACAAUUAUUUUACGAAAGAAGUUUAUUAAAAAAAUCGUUUUCACAAUGGAAAGAACAACAUCAUGUUGAUAUGCGUAUUAAAUUACUUGAACGACAAGCUAUUUGGUUUGAUCGAAUGCGUUUAAUAAGUCGAGUUUAUACACAAUGGAAACAAAGUUGGCAAAUUGAACAAAAAUUACAUGAACAAAAACAUCGAGCAUUACUUUUUUGGGCUAUACAAUGUUUCGUAAAAUGGCUAAUUUAUAUCAGUGAACGUAAAAGAAAAAAGGCUCGAUAUAAUCAAGCAACUCAUCAUAGACAUGAUGAACUUAUACGACAUAGUUUACGUCAAUUUCUUAUCUAUACAGAUCAUACAAGAUUAAGACGACAAGCUUUAUUUAUUCAUCAACAAGUUUAUUUAUAUCAUGAUCGAAAUGCUUUAGCAUUGAAAUAUGUUUGUAAAUGGCGAGCAUUUGUUAAACAAUCCAUUUCACGUAAACAAUUAACACAACAUUUUAUCAAAAGAACCACAAAUGUUAUACCAAUAACUAAGAAUCCACUUGCAUUAGUUAAAUUUGAUAAUAGUCCACCAAAAAUAAGCAAUCGACCACGACCAAGAAAGCCUGCAUUCUUAUCUGAUUCGUUUUCUACUUCAACAGUUAACAAAACAACUUCUGAAACACCUAUUAUCACUCUUCGAUCACCACCAUCAUCGCCACCUCGAUUGCCUCCUCCAACAAUAGAUCAUUCAUUACAUUCUCCAUUUGUUAGUGUAAAACAACCAUUACAUAUUCGAAAAGAUGCAUCACCACCACCACCACCACCACCACCACCACCAGUACUUCUUCCACCAUCUGCUUUUCAAUUAACUCAUGAUGAAAUCAAAAUGCCAUUAUCAUCUCGAAUAAUAACUGAUGAUAAAAUUUCUAUUCCUCAUCGACCAUAUUCAACUCAACCAUCAUCAACUAUAUUAAUUGAUAAAGAUAAUUUACUUAAUGUCAAACAACGCUUAGAAAUUUAUCUUCAAAAUAAAGCAAAACUUAAACGUCUUCGUCAACAACUAGCUAAUUCAUCUUCCACGCAAAUUGAUGCACAACUUGAACAAGAAUGUCAACAGUUAACUACAUAUAUUGCUUCAGAAAAAAUUCAUUUGACUACUAUAUUACAAAAUUUAUAA